AUGCCACGAGGAGAGUACUCCGAGGCCAACGACCGGCUUAUCUGCCACUUGAAAGAGGCAGAUAAGCUGUCUUGGCAGGACCUCGCUGUCAAGUACAACGAGGUAAACGGUGGCAAUAACAGCCAAGGGUCUCUGCAGGUGCAUUACGCCCGGCAGAUCAAAGGAAAGAUGGUGUUCUCGCGAACCCAUCCGAACUUUGGGGCGUCUCUUCCGGCGCCCACACCCGCGGCAACCACCGCUCCUGCCAACGCGGCAGGAAAGACAAAGGCUUCCGCGAGAGCGUCCACUUCGCGGAAGGCCGCCGCCGUGUCGUCCGGCCGACCUCGCCGGGCAGUUGGCAAUCCUCCUGCAACUGCCGUCACGGAAUCCUCCCCCUCCGCCUCGGCCCCCGAUGGCAUUGAUCACCCCCCAGUGUCGGCCUUAGCACACAUGGCAAUCCCGGGUCCCUCCACCCGUCGGAGUGCCAGAAUCACAACGUCGGUGUCAGCUGACAUGGUGCUGGGCGGCCGUGUCAUCAAGUCCCGUGCGGCGUCCUCCAAGCCUCAGGAAAUCUCCUCGAAAGCUGCUGCAGCGACGACGUCUAGCCAACCGGUAGAGACUCAAUCUGCUGGUUCUCAAGAACCCACGUCGUCUGCCGCAUCGCAGACCAUUGGCAUUGCUCCGGCCUUCCAGAGCCUAGCAGUCACUAACCGGUCGUCAAAAUCCCAGGUGUUGGAGAGCCAGCCUGCGGGUAACCUAGGGGAGAAAGUCCUCUCUGGUCACGUGACCAAGAGGGGCAAAAAGCUAGAUAGCAACGCCGUGUCCUCUGGCACUCAGAGCAGAAAAGACGCGCUGGCAUCCGCCAGUAGCGGCCUGCUCUAUCCUGUCGUCCCUCCUCCACUCGCAAGCCAAUCCAUCGAAGUGGAGGAUACUGAAACCCACACCAACAUCGUCUACAGCGUUGAAACUCCCGCCGUCCUCGGCGCCGCCAGACCUGGGAGGGUCGAAGGGGCGGGGUCUUCCCAGCCGGUGCGCCGCUCCGGCCGGGUAGCGAAGCCCACUCAUAAAGCCAAAGAACCUGGGAGAGGCAUCGAGGGCCGACAAGCCCGUGACCCGAAGCGAGCUCGCUUUGCUAAGCGGGUCGUUUCCCCUCCUCCUACUGCUGCUGGACGCAAGAGGAAGGUCCAAGAGAGGGAAGUUGAGGGGCUGCCUGAGGGUGGCUCCGUAGUAGAUCAGUGGGGGCUCUCCCGCAUUCGAACAAUCCAGAAAAAUAAGAAUGCGGAGUCUAGGCGGUCGGAGACCGCGGCCAUUUUGGCCAGAGUCGAUCCUCCUCCGGCCCAGGACUGGGAGCCCUUGAGAUGGCAGGAUCAACCACCUCGCCAUCGGGUUGAACCUCCUGAGGUCCCGAUGACCAAAGACGGAUACAGUGUGCGCGCGUUCCGCCCGGGCGAUGGUUCCGACAAUAUGGACAUGUCCAACUACCCAGUGUGGACUAAGCCCGAAGAAUCACUGAGGAAGUCCCAGGAGGACAUCGCCCGGGCACCGGACUCAACGCGUGACAUUCGAUGGCGCCCCUCUAAGGAGAUGAUCGAGAGUCGAAAGGCGAAACGAGAAGCUCAACGUAAAUUGGAUGUGGAGCAGCGAAAGCGGCGCAGAAAUGCUUAUGGGGGAGACGAAAUUGGGGGCAAGGCCCGAAAGUAUGUCCCUGGCAAACGAUCAACCCAAUGGGAAGAUGACGAUGCUCGGCCUGUGCAUUCGUUCACUCCAACUGAGUUUGAUCCGUUUCUUGACUCGGGGCAUGGUUGGCAAUACCAGCCAUGGGUGCUUCCUGGUGGUCCGGCGGCGAACAAGCCUAAGCGGACUAGGAAGCAGAACAAGAAAUGGUAG